GAAAACCUCGGGUGGCCACAUCAAACAUUACUACCACCAGCACUAGGGGUGGCUCGGGAACCCCCAAGCACUGGGCAUGGAGGAGAGCCUCAAGGAGAAGAGCCGGGAGGGCUUGCUGGACAGCCCCGACUCCGGGCUGCCCCCCAGCCCCAGCCCCAGCCCGCCCUUCUACUCGCUGGCGCCCGGCAUCCUCGACGCCCGCGCGGGGGGCGCCGGCGCCUCCUCGGAGCACCCCGGACCCGGAGAGGCCAGAGCGCCCCCUGGCCUCCCCCCGAAUUCCCCAGCGCUUGAGAUGAGGCCCCGGAUGCUGCCUGUGUUCUUUGGGGAGAGCAUUGAGGUGCACCCAGAGCCCACGCACGAGAUCCGCUGCAACUCAGAGGUCAAGUAUGCCUCGGAGAAGCGCUUCCGGGACAAUGUCCUCUACACGCCCGUGCCCACGGUCACAGCCUAUAGCGAGACGAUCGUGGCGGCGCCCAACUGCACGUGGCGCAACUACCGCAGCCAGCUGACCCUGGAGCCUCGGCCCCGCGCCCUGCGCUUCCGCAGCACCACCAUCAUCUUCCCCAAGCACGCCAGGAGCACCUUCCGGACCACCCUGCACUGCAGCCUGGGCCGGCCUCGCCGCUGGUUCACCUCCAGCGUGCAGCUCCAGCUGUGCGAGCACCCCCGCCUCCCGGGGCCCUCGGCGCUCUGACGGGGCAGGGCCGACC